UCCAAGCCAGAAAUGGGUUCCAGUGAAAAAGUGUGGGUUCUGGCCUUGUGCUGCACGUUAACCAUGGCAUUGGCCGGUAGUAGUAGUCAAUAUGAGCUCGCCUUGGAGGAUCUGGGUCUGUCUUAUGACUAUAAGGAUGCGCUCGGCAAAGCAAUCUUGUUCUUCGAAGGACAACGUUCGGGGAAGUUGCCGGCGAGCCAGAGAGUCAAGUGGAGGGGAGACUCCGCACUCGACGACGGCAAACCCGAUAACGUUAAAUUGGUGGGAGGUUAUUAUGAUGCUGGUGAUAAUGUGAAGUUCCUAUGGCCUAUGGCGUUUUCCGUGACUCUCUUAAGUUGGGCAGCUGUCGAGUACCGGAACGAAAUCUCAUCGGCCGAUGAGCUUAACAACCUCUGCACCGCAAUCCGUUGGGGCACGGAUUUUAUAUUGAAAGCACAUACUUCAUCCACCACACUUUAUACUCAGGUGGGGGAUGGACAAGCUGAUCACGAUUGUUGGGAGCGUCCCGAAGACAUGGACACCCCUCGAACACUCUAUAAAAUAACAGCCGAUUCACCAGGCUCGGAAGUGGCAGCCGAUGCAGCCGCCGCCCUUUCCGCUGCUUCAUUAGUCUUCCAAGGGGUUAAUUCCAGUUACUCUAAGAAGCUAUUAAGCAAAUCCAAAUCAUUAUUCAAAUUUGCAGACAAGUACAGGGGAAAAUACAAUGAAUCUUUCCCUUUCUACAUCUCUUACACUGGAUAUAAGGAUGAGUUGAUAUGGUCGGCAGCUUGGCUGUACAAGGCAAGUAGAGAUGAAAAGUACUUGAACUAUGUUGUGAGAAACCAAGGCUGGAGUGAAUCAGCAUUAGAGUUUAGCUGGGACGGUAAAUUUCCUGGAGCUCAGGCAUUACUAGCUCAGGAAUUCUAUGGUGGGAAGAAGGAUUUGUCUAAAUAUAAGACCGAUGUCGAAUCAUUUAUAUGUAAACUGAUGCCUGGGAGUAACACUUUGCAGUACAAUACGACUGCUGGUGGUCUGUUGUAUGUAAGAAGUAGCUCUAAUUUGCAGUAUGUUACAAGUUCGUGCAUGGUGCUGUCUGUUUACUCGAAAACGUUGAUGGCAUCUAACAUCGAUGGCAUUCAAUGCGGCCCGACCCAUUUCUCAGCUUCUCAAAUCAAAUCUUUCGUGAAAUCACAGGUGGAUUACAUAUUGGGGAACAACCCCAUGAAGAUGUCGUACAUGGUGGGGCAUGGAAGUAAACAUCCCACGCAGCUUCACCAUAGAGGCUCAUCCAUUCCUUCUAUCCACUGUCACCCCAGCAAGGUGGGGUGUAACGAUGGCAUGUCGAUGUAUUUCAAUUCUAACAGCCCGAAUCAAAAUCUUCAUGUCGGAGCAAUCGUCGGAGGCCCCGAUUCGAAUGACCAUUUCAACGAUCUGAGAUCGGAGCACUCGCAGUCCGAGCCCACAACUUAUAUGAAUGCAGCUUUUGUGGGUGCAGUGGCUGGUUUGCUUGAUGAAACCAGAGGAGCCUCUGCUACAGCUGCCGAGUAAUUGAAUCAUAAAUAUUAUCGACAAUGUGUAAUGCAACUUACCAGAGUAUAUAUCUGUUUCAUGCUACCAUGACU